UGGGUCGACAGAACUGCGGGGCACAGGGCUUUAUCCCAAACCUCAACUCAGGCACUCAAAUGAUAAAUCAGUGUACACGAUACGGCAGAUAAAGCAUCAUCCCAUCAUUUCUGACGAAACCAAAAGAAGCCAUGGGAGGAGCAGCAAAGACCCUCCUCACUCUAUCUCUCUCCUCAAAUCUCUUCACUCUCUCACGUCUCCCAGGACCAGCCACACGCUUCUCUCUCACAAAACUACCAAAACCCACCAGGGUUUUAACAGGGUUUAGGCCUCUUUGCACUGCCACAGCCACCGUUAGUCCCAUUCAAGUUGAAGACCAAGACGGACUUCAACCCUUGAAGCAUUCCGUGCUUCUUGAGAGGCUUAGGCUCAGGCACCUCAAGAACUCUACUAAACCACAAAACCCAACGAGCACAAAGUCGGUUGGGUAUGGGGAGAGGCAGAGUGAGGAUAGGUCAGGGAAUAAGAAGAAGAUUGAGGUUGAGAGUUUUGAGGAAUUGGGUGUGAGUGAGGAGGUGUUGGAGGCUUUGAGAGAGAUGGGUAUUCAAGUUCCUACUGAAAUUCAGUGCAUUGGAAUCCCAGCAGUGUUGGAAGGCAAGACUGUGGUCUUGGGUUCUCAUACUGGGUCUGGCAAGACUCUGGCUUACAUGUUGCCUCUUGCACAGCUGCUGAGAAGGGAUGAGGCCCAAAAUGGUAUUAUAAUGAAGCCCAGGCGUCCCCGAGCUGUUGUGCUAUGCCCCACUAGAGAGCUGUCUGAGCAGGUGUUUCGUGUUGCCAAGUUCAUCAGCCAUCAUGCAAGAUUCAGGUCCACUAUGGUAAGUGGUGGUGGUAGGUUGAGACCUCAGGAGGAUUCAUUGAAUAACCCAAUUGACAUGGUAGUUGGGACCCCUGGAAGGAUUCUUCAACAUAUUGAGGAUGGCAACUUGGUUUAUGGUGACAUCAAAUACUUGGUGUUGGACGAGGCAGAUACUAUGUUUGAUCGUGGCUUUGGUCCAGACAUUCGCAAGUUUCUUGCCCCAUUAAAGAAUCGUGCUUCGAAACCUGAUGGCCAAGGAUUCCAAACUGUUUUGGUCUCUGCCACAAUGACAAAGGGAGUGCAAACUCUGAUUGAUGAGGAGUUCCAAGGAAUACUACAUUUGCGCACAUCCUCACUGCAUAAGAAGAUUGCAUCUGCUCGUCAUGAUUUCAUUAAGCUUUCUGGUUCUGAGAACAAGAUGGAAGCAUUGCUGCAGGUUCUCGAGCCAAGUUUAGCAAAGGGAAACAGAGUAAUGGUGUUCUGCAACACUUUAAAUUCCAGCCGUGCUGUGGAUCACUUUCUCAAUGAAAAUCAGAUCUCAACUGCCAAUUACCACGGUGAGGUGCCAGCAGAACAAAGGGUUGAAAACCUCAAAAAGUUCAAGAGUGAUGAUGGAGAUUGCCCAACAUUGGUCUGCACAGACCUAGCUGCAAGGGGACUAGACUUGGAUGUAGACCAUGUUAUCAUGUUUGAUUUUCCCUUGAAUUCUAUCGACUACCUUCAUCGUACCGGAAGAACAGCUCGCAUGGGUGCAAAAGGGAAAGUGACGAGUUUGGUUGCUAAGAAGAACCUCAUGUUAGCCACUCGUAUUGAGGAGGCGAUAAAGAAGAAUGAGAGCUUAGAAUCGCUGAGUGUAGAUAGUGUCAAGAGGGAUGUUGCCCGUGCCCGCAUUACUCCACAAAAAGCAAGCAAUCCAAAAUUUACAAGAGUCUCAAAUCAGAAAUCCAAGAGCAGACCAUCGGGAACAAAAUAUGCAAAGACAUCUGUUCAGUCAUCAAAAUCGGUAAAGGCUGUAAAGCCUUCCAACACAAAUAACCCUAAGAAACCUUUUUCUUCGGGAAGGAGGCCAUCAGAAAGCAGAAGGUCAGCUGCAGUUAAAUCAUCAGCUUCAAAGUUGAGUGUUGUUGGGUUUAGGGGACGGACUUCUUGGUCUAAUAAGAAAGAAUCAUCAGUGUCCAACUGAUUGAUCAAUUUUGCACUGAAAUCCGCUUCAAGUAUAGACUGAUCAUAUCAAAAUAUUGUGAUAUUAAUGUUAUUUACUAACAGAACAUUGGUAGUAUUGUGCUGGCUCUUGACUGGCAUUUUUUA